UGUGGCUUAAAAACCCCAGAUCACAUGGGUGUAACUGGUUGGUAUUUAAGCAAAGAAAAGAGCUCUUUGUACUGGAGCAGGAAGUGUCUGUAGUAUUCACCAGUCUCCUGGCCUGCAGAGAAAACAGAAACAUGAGCACAGCAGGAAAGGUAAUAAAAUGCAAAGCAGCUGUUUUAUGGGAGUUACAGAAGCCCUUUUCCAUUGAGGAUGUGGAAGUGGCACCUCCUAAGGCCCAUGAAGUUCGUAUUAAGAUGGUGACAACAGGAAUCUGUCGCUCAGAUGACCAUGUGGUUAAUGGAACCAUUUUCUCCCAUUUUCCCGUGAUUGCAGGCCAUGAGGCAGGUGGUAUUGUGGAGAGCGUUGGAGAAGGGGUGACUACAGUGAAACCAGGUGAUAAAGUCAUCCCACUCUUUAUUCCCCAGUGUGGAAAAUGCAGUACUUGUAAACACCCAGAAGGCAACUACUGCUUGAAAAAUGCUAUGGGCAUGCCUCGGGGGACCAUGCAGGAUGGCACCAGCAGGUUCACCUGUAAAGGGAAGCCCGUCUACCACUUCCUUGGCACCAGCACCUUCUCCCAGUACACAGUGGUGAAUGAGAUCUCAGUGGCCAAGAUUGAUGCAGCUGCACCACUGGAGAAAGUCUGUCUCAUUGGCUGUGGAUUUACUACUGGUUACGGGUCUGCAGUCAAAGUUGCAAAGGUCACCCAGGGCUCUACCUGUGCUGUGUUUGGCCUUGGAGGAGUCGGCCUAUCUGCUAUCAUUGGCUGUAAAGCAGCCGGAGCAGCCAGGAUCAUUGGGGUAGACAUCAACAAAGACAAAUUUGCAAAGGCCAAAGAGGUGGGUGCUACUGAGUGCAUCAACCCUCGGGACUAUGAGAAGCCCAUCCAGGAGGUGCUGCAGGAAAUGAGCGGUGGAGGUGUGGAUUUUUCAUUUGAAGUCAUUGGUCAGCAUGAGACCAUGAUGGCUGCCUUGUUAUGCUGUCAAGAGUCAUAUGGCGUAAGCGUCAUUGUAGGGGUAUCUUCUAGCUCCCAAGAGCUGUCUAUGAACCCUAUGUUGCUAUUAAGUGGACGUACCUGGAAAGGAGCAAUUUUUGGUGGCUUUAAAAGUAGAGAUUCUGUCCCCAAACUUGUGGCUGAUUUUAUGGCUAAGAAAUUUCCAUUGGAUCCAUUAAUAACCCAUGUUUUACCUUUUGAAAAAAUAAAUGAAGGAUUUGACCUACUUCGAUCUGGAAAGAGUAUUCGUACCAUCCUGACAUUUUGAGACCAUACAAAUACCUUCACUUGUGGCAGUUUUCUAACUCCUCCAUCAACUGGAACCAUCAACCAAACAUCAUUAAUUUUGUUCCUCAGAGGUGCUAUCAAUAAAUCACACAUGGAAGCUUCCCCCCAAAAAUAAAAAUUGAUGUGAAAUCAUUUUUCAAGCAAAUGUGUAAAAUCCAAAUGAGAGUUAGAUGAACCAUCAGCUAAAUAACUGAGUUCAGGGAACUUUUCUUCUUAAUCAUUCGACUGAUGUUUAAUAAUGUAAUCUUUCCUAUUGAAGAAGGGUAUUUCUUUUGACUUCAUGUUCAUUUUGCAUCUUUAUCACCCUUAGUCACUGAAACCCAGUGGAGGAGAUCCUCACUAUACUUGCCCCCCAACAUACACAUGAUGACCUAUUGUGCUUGAAGUCCUGCACUUCUACCUGUAUUUCCACUGUCUGUAUUUUCCUUUUAUGAAAUGUACCAAAGCCUUAGGGUAAAAACUAUAGUGUGGGAAAGAAUAUACUCAGAUUUAUAAGUGGAGGAGGUCCAGAACUUCUAAAUGCAGGAAAUUUCUUUUUUUUUAAUUUGAGUGUAGAUAUAUACAGUACUAUAUUGGUUUCAGGUAUGCAACAUAGUGAUUCAACAUUUAUGUACAUUAUAAAGUGAUCACCAUGAUAAAUCUAGCUGCCAUCUGUCACUCUACAAAGUUGUUAUGAUAUUAACUAUAUUUUCAAUGCUGGGAAUCUGAUAAAGAAAUGUCUCAUACUUUUAAAUGAUGGGAGAAAUGUUUCUAUUGCUUUUAUAUUCUUUACAAUGAAUAUAUUCUUUUAAAUAAAAGUUUCAUGCUACAUGU